GGCUCCACCUUCUCGUCCACAUCACCGCCCAUCCUCAACCCCGCACACAUGUCCACCGUCGCAGUCCCCUUCUCCUGGACGCCCAGCGGCGCGUCCAGCGUCGAGGUCGCCGGCAGCUGGGACGCCUUCCAGGGCCGCACGCCGCUCCACCGCACGCCCGAGGGCGCCUUCAAGGGCGACGUCUCGCUGCCCGCCUCCUCGACCGUGCAGUACAAGUUCAUCGUCGACGGCACGUGGCGCACGUCGCCCGGCAUCCCCACGCAGGACGACGGCCACGGCAACGCCAACCACGUGCUGCAGGUGCCCGAGGCCAGCGCACUGCCGCAGGAGACGCCCGGCCUGCAGCUGCCCGGCGCCUACCUCGCUACGACGCCCGGCCUCAGCGAGGCGCCGCCGACCGCCGCCGAGCUGACGCAGGGCGCGACCGACGCGCUCGGCAGCCUCACGGCCGUCGCUGCGGGUGCUACUGCCGGCGCUGCCGGCACGGCUGCUGCCUUCAUGGCCAGCGUGAACGGCGACGUGGCGACGGGCACAGAGGCUGAGAUGCAGGGCAGCGCCGUCACUGUUGACCAGCUCGUGCCUGCUGCCGUGACGAACACCGUUGCGGACACGCUCGGCGCUCAGAUUGUCGGCAUGGACGCCGUGCACGCCGCCCAGCAGCCCGCAUCCGCCGCUGCGCAGGGCGCCAGCGCGUCUUCCGGCCUCACGGACGCAGCUGCCGGCGCGCCGCUGCCCACUGUGGGCGCCUCCGCUGUGCCGGCGUACCAGGACCUGACGAAGGUUGCCGAGCAGCAGGAUCGCACGCCCGCUGACGCCGGCGCUGUCGCCAUUGCUGCGGCGCAGGCGAGCAUCACGGGUGCCGUGGCACCGGGCUCGACGACGCGCGAUGUGCGCGGCACUGAGCAGCUCGAGACCGUCAACGGCACCAGCGCGCCCUCGGCUGCCUCUCCGGCGGCGCCCGCGGCCACGGCUGCUGCGCCGGCCGGCGAUGAGAAGAAGCACGGCGCUGCUGCUGCUGCCACAGCUGCUGGCGCUGCUCUCGGCGCCGGUGCCGUCGCCACGGCCACUGGCGUUGCGAAGUCCAGCGAUGCGGCUCCCGCCUCGAAGGCUGCUGCGCCGGCUGCAGCUCCGGCCCCGAAAGCCGCUCCGGCUGCGGCACCUGCUGCGCCCCAGAAGAACGGUCCGUCCACUGCGCCGACCGCCGCUGGUGCGGCCCUGGGCGCCGGCGCUGUGGCGACUGCCACUGGCGUCGUGGCUGGGCAGAAGGAGGCGAGCAAGUCGAGCCGGCCCAGCUCCAUUCGCAGCAAGCGCAACUCGGUGCAGCUCGGCCGCACGCCCUCGAACGCCUCGACUGCCAGCCGCCGUGGCCCGUCUGGCGCCAACGGCACGAACGGCACAACCAACACUGUGAACGCCAAGCCGGUCGUCGUCGGCGCAGCUCCUGCCGCGCCGGCGCUCAGCGCCUCUGCCAACAUCCGGCGCUCGUCGUCGGGCAACGCCAACAAGAAGGACCUGCCUGCCGCUCCUCGCGGUGGCGCAGCCAAGCCCGCCGCCGUCGCCGCGCCUCUACCGCCCAAGGCGAGCGCGCGCAAGUCUGCCACGCCCGCCGCCGCCGCCCCCACGCCCGCCGAGAAGCCGACGCCCGCUGCGCCCGUGACGCCGCAGAAGAGCACGGUGAAGGAGAAGCGCGGCUCGCGCUUCGGCAGCAUGUCGCGCCGCAAGAGCAACGCCGACUUUGACAAGCUAGCGCAGGAGCACCCCGUGCCCGGCACGCAGGCCUCCGCGGCCAAGACCGCCGCGCCGGCACCCGCCCUCGCCGCCGCCUCGCCCGCCGCUGCCGACCCGACGACGCCCGACCGCAAGCGCAAGCAGAGCAUCUUUGGCAAGAUCAAGGCCGUCAUCACGCCGACGAGCAGCCCGUCGAAGUAAAAGCCGACCGCUGCCUCUUCUUUUCUUUCCUCUUCGCGCAGACCGUGUCUUCCUCGUGCCGGAUUCCCUGCUGUCUCCUCUCUGCCUCACUUGUAUUCGCUGCAUGCCCGAUGCUUGUCUCUUCAGCGCCCUCGAUUUACCCCAUCGCAUGCCCACUGCAAUCCGAAGCGUCUCCCGGUCACGUCUGUGCCGU